UUUUUUUUUUCCUCCUUUGGCCCUCGUAUCAUUGAGUCAGAGGCAACGGAUGAUUAGGAUCUGACCCCUCCGACAUCGCUUCCAAAACUUUAUACCACCAAGUUUUACUACAACUUAAACGCGAACUGCCAUUUUUUUUUCUCAAGCUCCCCACCAGCACAAAUUCAACCACCACCGUGACCCCUACCUUUAAGCCCCGUUUAGAUACCAUCUAGCCAAGAUGUCCAAAGGUCGCGUCUGUUUAGCCUACUCUGGAGGUCUUGAUACCUCUACCAUCCUGGUGUGGCUCAUUGAGCAGGGCUACACAGUUGUCUGCUUCCUCGCCAAUGUCGGUCAGGAGGAGAACUGGGAUGAGGUCAAGGCCAAGGCCAAGAAGCUCGGUGCUGAGGAGAUGGUGAUCCUCGACCUGCAGAAGGAGUUUGUCGAGCAGAUCGUCUUCCGCGCCAUUCAGUGCAACGCCAUCUACGAGGACAGGUACCUGUUGGGCACCUCUCUGGCCCGCCCAAUCAUCGCCCGCGCCCAGGUCCGCGUCGCCGAGCAGUACAACUGCCAGUACGUCAGCCACGGCUGCACCGGCAAGGGCAACGACCAGGUCCGCUUCGAGCUCGCCUUCAAGGCCUGCAACCCUACCAUCGAGGUUAUUGCCCCAUGGAGGCUGCCCGAGUUCAUCUCCAAGUUCCAGGGCCGUCAGGACCUGCUUAAGUACGCCGAGGAGAAGAACAUCCCCGUCUCUUCCAGCCCCAAGGCCCCCUGGUCCAUGGACGACAACCUCGUCCACUGCAGUUACGAGGCCGGCGUGCUUGAGGACCCCGACCACACCCCUCCCAAGGAGCUGUGGACCCGUACCGUUGAUCCGAUCGACGCCCCUGCCACUCCCCAGGAGUUCACCGUCGAGUUCGAGAAGGGUAUCCCCACAAAGGUUAUUGUCGACGGCAAGGAGACUACCGGCUCGGUUGAGGUGUUCAAGCUGCUCAACAAGCUGGGCCACGACCACGGUGUUGGCCGUAUCGACAUUGUCGAGAACCGCUUCAUCGGCCUCAAGUCGCGUGGCUGCUACGAUACCCCUGGUCUGACCAUUGCCCGCCUGGCCCACUUGGAUCUCGAGGGUUUGGUCAUGGACUCCAAGGUCCGUGAGAUUCGUGACCAGUUCUGCACUCUGUCGUGGUCUCGCCAGCUGUACAACGGCAUGUACUUCAGCCCGGAGCGCGAGUUCGUCGAGAACUCGAUCAUCUUCAGCCAGCAGAACGUCACGGGCCAGGUCAGGUUGGCUGUCUACAAGGGCAACACCUACGUCUUGGGCCGCAAGAGCGACGCCAGCAACCUCUACUCUGAGCAGGACGCUUCCAUGGACUCCCUCGAGGGUUUCUCGCCCAUGGACACAACAGGCUUCAUCGAGAUUAACGCCAUCCGCCUCAAGAAGUACGGUCUGCAAAAGAUCAAGGACGGCAAGCCUCUUACUCAGUCAUGAGUGGGUGAAUAGGAAGUUUUGAGAGUAUGAGGACGAACUGUGUGGUGUAUUUUUUUUUUUUUUUUU